CAAGAAAGGACCAGCAGCAUCCAGAGGGAGUUCCUCCUCAGAGAUACCUGGAGUCAGGGAGGCUCCAAACCUGGAUCCUGAGGCCUAUUCCAAAGAGUUUGACACAGUGAGCCAUUUACAUUGCAAUGACAACUGGAACAGCUCUGGCCAUGGAAAGAAGAUGCUUAAAGAGAGAGAUUGAAAAACUCCUGAAUGAUUAUGUUGGCAUCAGACUACGAGAAAAUGCAUUUGAUCCAAGAGGACAAAGGCAGUCCACCUUUCUAGAUGACAUGGCUCACUACAACUUGGCCCUCAGUGUUGCUUUGCUGUGGCUAAAUGAUACAGAUGCUCAGCCUCUGCUAACGGAAGAGGACAUGAAUUCAGCAGCUUGCAGCAGAUAUAUGUAUCCCAACCGAACCGAGAGAGAAGCUAUGAUAUUAUCUUCAUAUGCUGGAAUAUUAAUGAAUAGCAUUCCUGUCGAGGAUAUCUUUGAGAUGUACAGCAUGGGGCCCUCAGCAACACACUGGCAGAGAUCUGCCAAAGACCACUGGAUUCACCCUUUCAACCUCUCCCUGCACCCAUUUGCCAUGCUGGCCGCCCCGCGGGCUGCAGAGCACGCCUGGAAGCACAGCUUCAAGUACCAGAGAGCACCAGCAAAUAAAAAGACCAACCCUGCUUCAACAAGGAGAGCUAGCAAGGACAAGAAGCAACUUGACUCACUGACACAAAGAAAGGAGCAGGAUGACAAAGGAACUACAGAGGCAGCAAAACAAGGAAUCUCGCCAGAGAAGCCUGGAACAAAUCUGAAAGGAGGGAAUGCAAAGCAAGCUAAGGCAUAA